UCCGGUCUUGCUUAGACUAUUUGAACAGGAAGGCGGACAUAUUUGUGAGUGCUCCCUCCUAAACUAAGGCGGUGGUGGCGGCUACCCUGGGGCCUCGUACUUUUGCCUCCGUCUCUCUGCGAUUGGAAGGAGCUUUCUUUUUUUCUCUUUCCCCCACACACCACGACAGAACAAGGUGGGGCAGUAGAGGAGCGGACCUCGGCCAAGCUGCACCUACUUCUCUGAGACUUGAAGCCCGGUCCACAUCGGGAAGAGAAAGCGCAGCGACUGUGGGAACCCGAGAAGGGAAAAGGGGGCGAAAGAGGAGGAAGCUGCCUCAACCGUUACGCGGCUGUCGAUGAAACCGCGUGCGUCUGGAGGGUAAGGCGGAGGCAUCUGCUUUCUCUUCCGACCCAGAAGUGGGGGAUAGCGCGGCCACUGAGGCGGCUCACCCUUACUGCCUCCGCCGUGGCUUGAGAACGAAUGAAGCCGCGCGCCUUCUCAGGCCCGAGUCUCUAUGGAGGGAGCAGCUCGAUGACGCUCCGCUGAGAAAGUUUCCUGUUUUUCAUGGUAGGCCUCACUCUAUCCUCCACCCCCCCCUUCCCUUCUUUCAAAGCUGCUACUGGGUAGCUAAUACUGAAGAGAAGCUGGAGGAACCGCUACACUGAUUGGGAAAAUGUGGUUCCUUCGACACAGGGCCUCAGGCUGGAGACAAGAGCAGAUUGGAAGGCUUGUGACUACUGCAUAGAGACUCACAGGUCAACGGAGAAGGCGGCUGUCCCAGGAAGGAGCAGUGCCUCUCUUCCCGUUUUCGACGUUCGCUCUUUGUCGCGCGACGAUGUGUAGCGGUGGGAGGACAAGGGACAACCCAAGCGCGUCUCCGGCUCUUUUCUGAGAGGGCGAGCUCAGGGAGCCCCUCCAGAUUUGAUUUCCUGUGGAUUAAGGAGACUGCCUCUUCAACAUUAUGUCGACAGGAGAAAGCUUUGAGUCCCGCUUUGAAAAAAUCGGGAUGAUGAUAAAGGACCCCAAAUCUGAAGUUAAUUCGGACUGCUUACUGGAUGGAUUAGAUGCCUUGGUAUACGAUUUGGAUUUUCCUGCUUUGAGGAAAAAUAAAAACAUAGACACCUUUUUAAACAAAUACAAAGACACAAUAAACAAAGUAAGAGAUCUCCGUAUGAAAGCUGAAGAUUAUGAAGUAGUGAAAGUGAUUGGUAGAGGAGCAUUUGGAGAAGUUCAAUUGGUAAGACACAAGUCAUCCCGAAAGGUCUAUGCCAUGAAACUUCUGAGCAAGUUUGAGAUGAUAAAAAGAUCAGAUUCUGCAUUCUUUUGGGAAGAAAGAGAUAUCAUGGCAUUUGCAAAUAGCCCUUGGGUUGUGCAGUUGUUUUAUGCAUUCCAAGAUGAUCGUUACCUUUAUAUGGUGAUGGAAUACAUGCCUGGUGGGGAUCUGGUGAAUUUAAUGAGCAACUAUGAUGUCCCUGAGAAAUGGGCAAGGUUUUAUACUGCAGAAGUUGUUCUUGCAUUAGAUGCUAUUCACUCCAUGGGUUUUAUUCACAGAGAUGUAAAGCCUGAUAAUAUGCUGCUAGACAAAUCUGGUCAUCUAAAGCUAGCAGAUUUUGGUACCUGUAUGAAAAUGAAUAAGGAAGGUAUGGUACGAUGUGAUACAGCUGUUGGAACUCCAGAUUAUAUAUCUCCAGAAGUACUAAAAUCACAAGGUGGUGAUGGUUAUUAUGGACGAGAAUGUGACUGGUGGUCAGUUGGUGUCUUUUUAUAUGAAAUGCUUGUGGGGGAUACACCUUUUUACGCAGAUUCUUUGGUUGGAACAUAUAGUAAAAUUAUGAACCAUAAGAAUUCUCUUAGCUUCCCUGAUGAUAAUGAUAUUUCUAAAGAUGCAAAAAAUCUUAUUUGUGGCUUUCUAACAGACAGGGAAGUUAGAUUAGGAAGAAACGGUGUGGAAGAAAUCAAGCGACAUCCAUUUUUCAAAAAUGAUCAGUGGUCUUGGGAAAAUCUUAGAGACACUGUAGCACCUGUUGUCCCUGAUUUAAGUAGUGAUAUUGACACUAGUAACUUUGAUGAUCUGGAGGAAGACAAAGGUGAAGAAGAAACAUUCCCUAUACCAAAAGCCUUUGUUGGCAACCAGCUACCCUUUGUAGGAUUUACUUAUUAUAGUAACCAUCAGUAUUUAUCCACCUGCACAGCUAAUUCUAAUGACAACAGAGCAAGCACCAACGUAGAUAAAAACUUGCUGGAAUCUUUGCAAAAAAAUAUCUAUCAGCUUGAAGAACAGCUGCAUAAUGAAAUGCAGUUGAAAGAUGAAAUGGAACAAAAAUUCAGAACAUCAAAUAUUAAACUAGACAAAAUAAUGAAGGAACUAGAUGAAGAGGGAAAUCAGAGAAAAAAUUUGGAAUCAACAGUUACUCAAGUAGAGAAGGAAAAGAUGCUCUUGCAACACAGAAUAAGUGAAUAUCAAAGAAAAGUUGAACAGGAGAAUGAGAAACGUCGAAAUGCAGAAAAUGAAGUGUCAACAUUAAAAGAUCAGCUGGAAGACUUAAAAAAAAUUAGUCAACAUUCACAUAUUUCAAAUGAAAAAAUUACACAGUUGCAAAAGCAACUUGAAGAGGCCAAUGAUUUGCUGAGAACAGAGUCAGAUACUGCAGCAAGACUAAGGAAAAGUCAUACAGAAAUGAGCAAGUCAAUAAGUCAAUUUGAAUCAUUAAAUAGGGAGUUGCAGGAGAGAUGCAGAAUUCUAGAAAACACAAAAUUACAGGUGGAAAAGGAUUAUUUCCAACUACAAGGAGCACUGGAAGUAGAACGAAGAGAUAGGAGCCAUGGAUCAGAAAUUAUUGGAGAGCUACAAGCUCGGAUUACAGCUUUACAAGAAGAAAUCAAAGGAGUGAAAAACAAUCUUGAGCGAGUGGAAGAAGAAAGAAAACAGGCCCAAGACAUGCUUAAUCAUUCUGAAAAGGAGAAGAAUAACUUAGAAAUAGAUCUAAACUACAAACUUAAAAUGGUACAACAGCGUUUAGAGCAAGAAAUAAAUGAGCAUAACAUAAAUAAAGCUCGGUUAACUGACAAGCAUCAGUCAAUAGAAGAGGCCAAAUCUGUUGCUAUGUAUGAAAUUGAAAAAAAGGUUAAAGAAGAACGUGCUGCAAGAGAGAAGGCAGAAAAUCGAAUAGUUCAGAUUGAAAAACAAUGUUCCAUGUUAGACUUUGAUCUGAAGCAAUCCCAGCAGAAGAUUGAGCACCUUACUGAACAGAAGGAGAGACUGGAAGAUGAAGUUAAGAAUCUGACACUUCAGUUGGAACACGAGAUAAAUAAAAGAGUGAUGACACAGAAUGAACUGAAGAUGCAUGCUAUAGAGGCAGAUAGUUUAAAGAGUUCUGAGAAACAGCUAAAACAGGAGAUCAACACAUUGUUGGAAGCAAAAAGAUUAGCAGAAUUUGAGUUGGCUCAGCUGGCCAAGCAAUACAGAGGGAAUGAAGGCCAAAUGCGUGAACUGCAAGAUCAAUUAGAAGCUGAACAAUACUUUUCUACGCUUUAUAAAACUCAGGUUAAAGAACUCAAAGAAGAAAUUGAGGAAAAAAAUAAAGAAACGCAGAAAAAAAUACAAGAGCUGCAAAAUGAAAAAGAAACUCUUGUUACACAGUUAGAUCUGGCUGAAACAAAAGCUGAAUCUGAACAGUUAGCCCGAGCUCUCGUUGAAGAACAGUAUUUUGAACUAACACAGGAGAGUAAGAAAGCAGCAUCACGAAAUAGACAAGAAAUUAUUGAUAAGGACAAUAUUGUCAGUCGGCUUGAAGAAACAAAUAAUACAUUAACCAAAGAUGUGGCAUUUCUAACAAAGGAGAAUUCUGAGCUAAAUGAAAAUACUAAAAAACUUGAAGAAGAGUAUAAAUUGAAAAACGAAGAAGAAAUCAACAUAAUUAAAAUGCAGUAUGAAAAAAACUUGAGCAAUGAAAGGACACUUAAAACACAGGCUGUCAACAAAUUGGCUGAGAUUAUGAAUCGAAAAGAUUUUAAACUAGAUAGAAAGAAAGUAAAUAUGCAAGAUUUCAAGAAAAAAGAGAAGGAAAACCGAAAGUUACAGUUGGAACUUAACCAGGAAAAGGAGAAAUCUAAUCAGAUGGCAAUAAAAUAUCAAAAGGAGCUUAAUGAAAUGCAAGCACAACUUGUGGAAGAAUCCACAUACAGGAAUGAACUUCAGAUGCAGCUGGAUAGUAAGGAGAGUGAUAUAGAACAAUUGCGCAGUAAAAUUUUAGAUUUGCAACAGGGCAUGGACUCUACUAGUGUUGCCAGCCUUCAGGCUGAUGAAGCAGAUGGAAACGUUACAGAAUCAAGAAUAGAGGGCUGGCUUUCAAUACCAAACAAAGGGAAUAUUAAACGUUAUGGAUGGAAGAAACAGUAUGUUGUGGUCAGCAGCAGGAAGAUUCUGUUCUAUAAUGAUGAACAGGACAAAGAGCAAUCUAAUCCAUCUAUGGUAUUAGAUAUAGAUAAAUUGUUCCAUGUUAGACCAGUUACACAGGGGGAUGUUUAUAGAGCAGAAACUGAAGAAAUACCAAAAAUAUUUCAGAUUCUAUAUGCCAAUGAGGGGGAGUGCAGAAAAGAUUUGGAAGUAGAAUCAGUACAGCCAGCAGAGAAGACAAAUUUUCUGCAUCAUAAAGGUCAUGAAUUUGUACCAACUUUAUACCAUUUUCCAGCCAACUGUGAGGCUUGUGCUAAGCCUCUCUGGCAUGUAUUUAAGCCACCCCCUGCAGUGGAAUGUCGGCGAUGCCAUGUUAAGUGCCAUAAAGAUCAUCUGGAUAAAAAAGAAGAAUUAAUAGCGCCAUGUAAAGUAAGUUAUGAUAUAACUUCAGCAAGAGAUAUGUUGCUGUUGGCAUCCUGUCAGGAAGAUCAGAAGAAAUGGGUUUCUCAUUUAAUAAAGAAGAUCCCCAAAACACCUCCAUCUGGUUUUGUUCGUUCUUCACCCAGGACUCUUUCCACAAGAUCUACAGCAAAUCAGUCAUUCAGGAAAGUAAAAAAUACUUCUGGAAAAGCUAGUUAACAAUAUAUGCAAGCUUCAUGGAUCUGACAUGGUGCAGUCUGAGAAUGGUGGGCUUUUUUCACCAUACAGAGGUGUUCAGACCGGUUGUUUUUUCUGAUACAACUUUCACAAGCUUCAGGGCUAAGACUGCUAAUACUCACUCCUCCUUGCUUUGGCAUAAAAAGCUCGCUGAGGGUAUCUUAUUGCGGGUUUGCCUUAAGGUAGAUUAGAUUAAUUAUUACUAUGUAAUGCAAGUAAAAGCAAAUAAAGCUUAGGGUUAGUGCUGCCUUGGAAAUUCCUAAAAAAUAAAAAUGCUUGUUAAUUGUAGUGGAAUGUGGUAAGCUUUUCUCAUAUCAGUGAGAAUGAGAGAACUAUUUACCCUAUGAGAGGGGUAUUUAUAUAGGGAUAAGCGCACAGACUUGAGUAUAGAAAGAAGGUAUCUCAAACUGAGAGAAGCUGAAAUUUUCAUUGAAGACUCAAAGUUGUGCUGAAGAAAGCAGCAAAAUUUGCUUGAAAACAAAGCCUUAUAUAAUCACUUGAACUUCAGUGCCUUUUCUGCAUUGUUAUUAAUGCUAAUCAUUCAUGAGAUAGCUCAAAGUAUUACACAUUUUGCUUUACGAAAUAUUAACUUCACAUAUUGGUAAAGGAGGAGAAAAUGAGUAAUUAAGGUAAUCUAUGCAUUAUUGCCAAGCCAUACAGAAUUGUUUUUCCAGUGGCGUUAGAAAUAACUGUUAAAACAACAAAGUUUGGAAGUGUAUUUUGGUACAUAAUUGUUCCAUAAUUUGUAUAACAUGUUUCAUUAACAAUUUGAAGUGUGAAUUACAGUAAGCAUACACACACACACAUGCAUAUGUAUGCGCUGUUUAAAAUGUAAAUUAUUGUUAGAACACUUUUAUUGGAUGUUGCCCUUUUAGUGCCUUAUUCUGAGAAUUCUUUUACUGCCAUGUCAAAUAAGUUUAGAAAUCUCAAAUACCUGUUACUGUGUGUCAGUGGUUUUAUUGAUUGAAGUAUUGUAGGAUCUAGUUCCAUUUUCACUUGUACAAUCUUGAAUAAAACUGUUGGUUACCAAGAGAUAAUUUAAUCAUAAUACAAAUAGUAAUAAAUGUUUGUACCAUGAAAACAAAUUAAACCUCUGUAACAUUUAAAAUUCCAGGUAAUACAUGAGUUGAAUACUUUUUAAAUUCUUGUCUUGUAGCAGGAAUAUUAUUAUGGUAUUAACCGUAUGAUUUAUUUUAUUUCUUAACCAAAUACCUCUUUAGUAAUUUAUAAUGGCUUUGCAGUUAUGUAUUAAAUAAGAAGCACUGGAAAAAUUAUUCGUCUCCAUGACGAUUUGCAUGUUUCAAGUGGUGGUGAAGCCUCAGCAAUAGAUAUGUAAUAAGCAUAUCUGUUAAUAAAAUGGUAAUGACUCGUGCUCAUUUAAUACAAAAUAAAACUAAUUUAUGAAAUAAUUAUUUUGCAAAUGACUGUGGUAUUUUUCUCCAGAAUACACUUCCUAGGAAGUUUUGGAAACUGUUAUACUUUACAGAUAACCAACUGUCAGCAUAUUUAAAUCUGGUACAACUUGAUAAUAUUUUAAAAAUUAAAUUUUUAUAAUGUCAUACUACAUUUUAAUACAGGGUAAAGUAGUAGAAAUUUCAUAGGAUAUUAAAUAACUUGUUUUGAUAAUGUAAGUUGUUAAAUCCCAUUUACAUAAUGAUUUCUAUCAGGAGGAUUAUACCAGGUACACAGUUCUUAAAAUAUUAUACUUACAUGUAUUUUAAUUUAUGCAUAAAUAAUGGUUAAUAAGAAUAUGUCAAAUUGAUUUCUGCACUCUGGAAAUCAGUGAUAUUGCUCUAUUACUAUACACAAACAAUGUGGACUCUAGCAAAGCUCAGGCAAGUGAUAGAGUUGAUCAGAGAAGAUGGACAAUGCUGAAAAGUUGAGAGACUUUAGGAUGCAGAAAAGAAAUCUAAAGAAGGCCAGAGGAGUUUGAUUUUGUCAAAGUGGUCUGGGAAAAGAGGACAGAGUGUCUGAGAUAGGAAGACGAAAGAGUGUGGGAUGACUGACAAGUAGCGUGAUAGAAGGCACAGAGAUCAGCAAGUGGAAAGAAGGAACAAAGGAGGAUCCAUGUGCUUGAGAUACCAGAUGGUAUAAAGCCAAAGAGGUGGGAUUGACAGGUGGAGAACUUCAAAGUUUUGUAACUGAUACAGAGCUUGGAAAGGGUCCACAGAGUGAUUAUGGUGAGAUGGGCUGAUAUGUCUAAAGUGAAGACAAACUGAGAAGAUAACCAAGGAUACUGUUACUGAAUUUGAUUUUUCCUGGUUAAAAUUAGUGGGUUGAAAAUGUUUGGAAUUUGAAAUGUUUUGAGCUUGAAAUGCUCUACAGUAUUCCAGAUUGAAAACAGCUCUUCCAACUGCUGUAGAAAUGUUCUGACCUCUAAAUGGCACCAUUUUGAGUUGGAAACACUUUGUCAGAAUAAUGGCAGAAUGCUUCAAGGAAGGUUCAGAACAACUCAUUUCAAUCUUGAAGUGUAAACAUUUUAUACUCUCCUAAUUAAAAUUGAGGUUUUUUUUUAAAUUACAUCCUGUUUCCAUGAAGACAAACAGGAGUAAAUAGGUUUGGGUUUUUGUACAAAUAGGUAUAAACAUUACCUGUAAAUGUGCAAUUUACAAUUUUCUUGCCACUAUUAACAAUUUCAGUAAAUGAAAUGAGGGAUGCCUAGGAGGAAGAUAGAAAUAAUCUAAACAAUACAUACCCAAAUAGUAGCUUAACACCAGAACUGGCAUAGAGUUGUAUAUGACAGGGAGAGGUAUACUGAUGCAGCUAUGAAAUGUUGCCUGCAUUCUGGAGAAUUAUGCCUAAGCCCAAAAUUUAGGAUACCCAGUUUGUUUAAUCUCCAGGGGCUAUUUUGUAAUGUUCAAGAAUCAUUCCUGUCGUGUGCAACUGUAAAACUCCAGUCAUGCCUAGUUGUGAAUUUGGUGUCAGGCACCUCCCUGCUGUGUCAGUAUAUUAUGUGUUUUAAUGCUACAAUUUCAAUGUAUAAUGUAUCAGGAUCUGUAUUUCUAGUACUGUUAAGUUUUCAUUUUGCUGGUUUGUUCUUUGGUAUUCCUCAACCCAUAUGUAUAUAUUUGCCACAUUAUAAAUCCAUUUCGUGAAUCAUUUGGAGUAGCUGUUGCCUGUAAAACAUUAUGCUGCAAUAAACCAAUGAGUCUUUGAAAUGCCAAAA